AUGUCGGCUCCGUUGGACAAUGUAAACCAGGGGAUCGGAGAAGCUCCACAGUCAGCUGUCACACCGAACAGCACCACCAUCAAUGUUUCGGAUGUAAAGACGAUUAAAGUUGGCAACAUUGCGAGAACUGUUUCCGCCAAAGAAAUCAGAGAUUUCUUUUCAUUCUCUGGAAAAAUCAAAUACGUUGAAAUGCAAAGUGAAACCGAACACACCCAGCUUUCUUAUGUCACCUUUAACGAUGCACAAGGUGCAGAUACAGCGCUUCUCCUGACGGGAGCCACCAUAGCUAAUAUGCCCGUCACUAUUGCACCUGCUAAGGAGUACCAGCUGCCGCCGGAAGCUCUCAUCCCAUCAAGCCCGUUGAAAAGGCCAGCAGUAACUAGUUCUGCUGUAGAGAAGGCAGAAGAUGUGGUCAGCACUAUUGUUGCCAAGGGUUUCGUCUUGGGAAAGUAUGCCAUUAGCAAGGCAAAAGCAUUCGACGAGCAGCAUAACUUGUCGUCCAAGGCAUCGGCCACAGUUGCUACCAUUGAUCAGAAGAUCGGUCUGAUGGAGAAGCUAAGCAUGGGAAAAGAUGUUGUCAAUGAGAAGGUGAAACAGAUGGAUGAACGGUUCUUGGUCUCCGAAAAGACAAAAACUGUGUUUGCUGUUGCUGAGCAGAAGGCAAGCAGUGCAGGAUCUGCUAUCUUGAGCAACCCUUAUGUAUGGAGUGGAGCUUCGUGGGUUUCGACUGCACUGGGAGCAUUUGCAAAGGCUACUGAGGAUGUCACCACGAAAACCAAGGAGAAGGUUGUAAGGGCAGAGGAGGAGAAACAGCAGACCAUGCUGAGGCAGAGGACAUCGAUCAUCGAUGACUAUGCACAGAACCAUCUUGAUGAACCGUCUGGAAAUGAGCCUCCAGUAGUUCAAACAAAAUCUGCUGAUGACACUAAUACUGGACUUGUAUGA